AUGGUAAAAGACUUCGUGCCUGUUUCAAAACUUUCAUCCCCGAUAGAUCUAGAGAAAGAAUGCUGGGCUAAAUUUGUUAAGGACAAUACUGUGGAGCUGGGAGAUUUUUUAGUUUUUCAGUAUGAUGGCGAUUGUGUUUAUGACGUAAAAUUAUUUGGCCACAGUGCUUGUGAAAAGAAAGGAGUUGGAGCUGUUAAAGUAAAGGAAGAGGAGGAGGAAACUAAGGGGUUUGAAGAAGAUGACGAGGUGAAGAAGGAUGGGACGAAGAAGGGAAAUCUAACGAGUUUGGAAAAGAAGAAGAAGGGGAGGCAGAGGAGGACGGUAACAAGGUUGAAAAAGAAGAAGAAGAAGUAG